AUGUUGCGAAUUGUAAUGCGCUGUAUGUCUUCUGAUGCAACAUAUAAAGGGGCAUACAAAGUUAGUGGUGCUUUUUGUGACCGCCCUCAAGUUAUGAGGUUUGGUAUACUACGAUCUCUUGCUGUGGGAAUUCCUUUUAUAUUUGUCGGGUCAAUAAUUAGUAGGACAGGUGCUGAACUCCUAGAAGAGUAUGAUAUUUUCACGCCACAGGAUGAUUAG